GAGUAUAAAUUGGCAGUGGAGAGACCACAGCUUUAUACUGAAGGCACCAUGCAAGUCCUUCUGCUGCUCGCAGCUGUGGGGGUGUGCUGGGGUCAGUACAACCCCAACGUUCAGGCCGGGACGACAUCUAUCGUACAUCUCUUUGAAUGGCGCUGGGCCGACAUUGCUCUUGAGUGUGAACGCUAUUUAGCUCCUUAUGGAUUUGGAGGAGUUCAGGUUUCUCCUCCAAAUGAAAAUAUUGUCAUUACUAGCCCUUACAGACCCUGGUGGGAAAGAUACCAGCCCAUCAGCUACAAGAUCUGUACCCGAUCGGGAAACGAAGAUGAAUUCAGGGACAUGGUGAGCAGAUGCAACAACGUUGGGGUUCGUAUUUAUGUGGAUGCUGUUGUCAACCACAUGUGUGGGUCUGCAGGUGGCUCAGGCACCCAUUCCACCUGUGGGAGCUAUUUUAAUGCUGGGAGUGAAGAUUUUCCAGCUGUGCCGUACUCAGGCUGGGAUUUCAAUGAUGGCAAAUGUCACACUGGAAAUGGAGAAAUUCAGAAUUACGGUGAUAUAUAUCAGGUUCGGGACUGUCGCUUGUCUGGCCUUCUUGAUCUGGCCCUGGAGAAGGACUAUGUGCGCACAAAAAUUGCCGAUUACAUGAACCAUCUCAUCGAUAUUGGUGUAGCAGGCUUCCGAAUUGAUGCUGCCAAGCAUAUGUGGCCUGGGGACAUAAAAGCAUUUCUGGACAAGCUGAACAAUCUAAAUACUAGAUGGUUUUCUGAAGGAACGAGACCUUUCAUUUUCCAGGAGGUAAUUGACUUGGGCGGAGAGCCGAUCACAAGCAGUGAGUACUUUGGAAAUGGCCGAGUGACAGAGUUCAAAUACGGUGCAAAACUGGGGACAGUGAUCCGCAAGUGGAACGGAGAAAAGCUGUCCUACUUAAAGAACUGGGGAGAAGGCUGGGGCUUUGUGCCUUCUGACAGAGCCCUGGUCUUUGUGGAUAAUCACGACAACCAGCGUGGGCACGGCGCCGGCGGAGCUUCCAUUCUAACCUUCUGGGAUGCCAGGCUUUAUAAAAUGGCAGUUGGUUUCAUGCUUGCUCAUCCAUAUGGGUUCACCCGUGUGAUGUCAAGUUAUCGCUGGUCAAGAUCUUUUGUAAAUGGACAGGACGUCAAUGACUGGAUUGGACCCCCAAGCUACUCAGAUGGAACCACGAAGCCUGUUACGAUCAAUGCAGACACUACCUGUGGCAACGACUGGGUUUGUGAACAUCGCUGGCGUCAAAUAAGGAACAUGGUUGUCUUCCGUAAUGUGGUGGACGGUCAGCCUUUCUCCAACUGGUGGGACAACGGCAGCAAUCAAGUAGCUUUUGGCCGUGGUAGUAAAGGCUUCAUCGUUUUCAACAAUGAUGACUGGCAUCUGAACACCGAUUUGCAAACUGGCCUGCCUGCUGGUACCUACUGUGAUGUUAUUUCUGGAGACAAAGAGGGCAACAGAUGUACUGGAACACAGGUGUACGUUUCUGGUGAUGGGAUGGCUAAUUUCCAGAUUAGCAACAGUGCUGAAGAUCCAUUCAUUGCAAUUCACGUUGGUGCCAAGUUAUAACUCAGGAGAAAUGUCCUUCUCCGUUUGGUCUGUGCAUUUCUGUUUCCCCCAUAUGUGAUUUCCUGGUAUUUGAGCAUAAGUGAUUCUCUGUAUUGACUUAAUAAUAAAUGGUAAUCAAAUUGAA